UUACACAUGGUUGUGUGUAUAUAUAUAUAUAGAACCCUCCAUCUUCUAACAGAACUUGCUCUCCUCCCUUCAAUGGCUAAAGUUUAUCCUCAAACUCCAUCAUCUUCAUCAUCAUCACCAUCAUCAUCUCCAUACAUAAGCUCAAAACAAGAAUGUUUCACAAUAUGGAUGAAGUCUUUGGUAUACAACAGCCAUGGAUGUACUACAUACAAUUCAAAUGGAGAAAUCGUGUAUCGUGUUGAUAAUUACGACAAGAAAUGCAGUUCACAAGUCUACUUGAUGGAUAUUCUAGGCAACGUUCUUUUCGCGAUACAACGAAAGAAACUAUCAAUUUUUGGAUGUUGGGAUGGAUAUAAGUGGGAUUUUUCCAAGAAACAACGAUGGUUUCGCGCUACAAGAAAUCGCAACACACUUCAUGUAGAUUUAGGGUUUGAUAAAAAAGGUUACAAGAUUAUUGGUGGAAAAUUAGGGUUCAAGAUUGUGAAUCUUGAUCAAGAUGGUGCCUUGGUUGCUGAGGUUAAACGAAAGCAAACAACGACAGGGAUCGAUCUUGGAAGCGAUGUUUUUAUGUUAACAAUAGAACCCAAUAUUGAUCAAUCAUUGAUCAUGGCAAUUAUUAUGGUUCAUGGGUUGAUUCAUCGUCAACUAUGAAGAUCAUUUUUGCAAGAUCUUAUUGUGGGUCUUGUUUAUUUUUAUGCUUAGAGUUAGAUGUUUGAAUUUUUUGAACUUUAAGGCCGUAUUUGAUUGUGGGUUCUAUUUUAUGCAAUUUUGGGAAGUGAAGAUGGGACUUGCAAAAUGAAGAUAUCGGAAAGGGGUGAGGAUGGUAUAGUGAAACCAAAUCUUUGUGAUAAGUUGUAAAUCAUACAAAUUUUGCUUGGUUUUUGGUGUGUAAUCAUGUUUUAAUUA